ACAAAACAAAAUGGAAGAUUUGCCGACAGAGUAUGAUGAAAUUAUAUUAGGAACAGGUUUACAAGAAAGUAUCCUUGCAGCAGGUCUGGCAAGGAUAGGCCGAGCAGUUCUUCAUCUUGAUAGGAAUGAAUUUUAUGGUGGUGAUUGGGCGACCUUUAACCUUAAUGGAUUGGAAACAUGGAUUGAAUCCAACCAGCGGAAUCCAUCACAUGAUGAUGGUGUGAUGUCUGUUAAUGCAGACAUUUUGGAAGAUGGUGAGAGGAUUGUUUAUUUGUCCAAACAUGGUAAUACAGUUUCCAACAUAGACGUAGAAUGGUUUGUGAGUGAAGGGGAACCAGUUCCAGAAAGGAGAGGGCCAUUCAAUAGACUUCCAACACCACCACCACCUCAAGCAGAAGAGAAUCCAGACCCAACUGGAGUUGCUCAGCCAGAGGUUAAUGAUCAGCCACAACCAGGCGAUAUCCAAGAGGAACCAGCAAACCAUGGUGAAGAACCAAAUCCAGAUGAACUCACUGGAACAUUAGAGCAAUCUCGUCAGACUAAUUCAGAGGUUGUUGAAGAUCCACCUGAUUCUCAUCAACAAGACAGUUCAUUAUCUCCAAUCUCUUCUCCAGUUGAACAUCAGUCCAAUGCAAAUACAUCCAUUCCAGAGUCUGGAUAUUCUGCUGGUGAUGCAAGUAAUCAGGUGGAAGCAAAUGAUGAAGUAAAUGAGUCACACGCUCAAGGAGCGUUAAGUGUGGAAGAAGCUGCUCCAGAAAAAGCUGAAGGAGGCGAAGCUGCAAGAGAGGAAGCUGCUCCAGAGGAAGCUGCUCCAGAAGAAACUGCAGCAGUGGAAGCUGCAGAAGAAUCUUCUGCAGAAGCGUUAGGAGUUAUUGCAGAUGGUGCUGAAAGCAAUACAGAGCCAGUAAGGAAACAGUGGACACAGAAUCUUAUAAAACAUGAAUGGAGAAAAUUCAACAUUGACCUUUCCCCAAAGUUGAUGUUUUGUAGGGGGUCAUUGAUCGACGCUUUGAUUGAAUCGCGAGUGAGUCGGUACGCAGAAUUCAAAGCAAUUACUAGAACGCUGACGUACAUUGGUGGGAGAAUUGAGAAGGUUCCUUGUUCUAGAGCUGAUGUCUUCAGCAGCAAGUAUGUAACGAUGUUGGAAAAAAGAAUGUUGAUGAAGUUUAUUGAAUUUUGUCUGCACUAUCAGGAGCGGCAAAUAGAAUACGAAGAUUAUGUAAACAAACCUUUUGUUGAGUUCCUGAAAUUCAGAAAACUAACCAAUACGCUACGACAUUUUGUUAUACAUUCUAUUGCCAUGGUGACAGAGGAUACAUUAACGCAAGAUGGUUUGAAAGCCAUGCAUCAUUUCUUGAAGUCUCUAGGCCGGUUUGGCAAUACCGCUUUCUUAUGGACGCUGUAUGGAAGUGGAGAGCUACCUCAGUGCUUCUGCAGAAUGUGUGCUGUUUUUAACGGCAUUUACAUGCUGCGAUGCCCCGGAAAAGGACUCAUUGUGGAUGCGGAAAACAAAUGCAAAGGGAUCAUUAGUUCUGAUGGUCGAAGAUUAAUCUGUAAGAAUGUUAUCAUGGACCAUAGUUUUCGACCGCCGCUGGCAUCUGCUUCAACAACCACACUUAUAUCCAGGGUGGUGUUAAUGACAGACAGAUCUAUAUUACCUACUGACCAGGAGGAGAUAUCUUUACUCACUGUGCCUCCAAUAGAAGGGAGCCCUCAACCUAUCCAAGUUAUCGAGCUUCCAUUUGGUACAUAUGCUUGUCCGAAAGAUAUAUUUUUAGUACACAUGACGUGCAGGUCACAUGGUUCUACCGCAAAGGAGGAUUUCCAGGAGAUCAUCAAACUCCUCUUCCAGCCUCUUAACACAGAUGACGACCCAGAAUCCACAAAACCUAAAGUCCUCUGGAGCAUGUACUUCAACAUGGUUGAUGCGACAGAUAUCGAAGAUGACAUUUUGCACACUGGGCUACCAAUUAACGCAGAAGUCACGAAUGGACCUGGAUUAAGUAUUGGAUAUGAGCAUGCCGUUGAACAGGCAAAGAGAAUUUUUGAAAAACUAUGUCCUGGGGAGGAUUUUCUGCCAGCAGUUCCUGAUCCAGAUGACAUCAUCAUAGAAAACCAGUCACAUGACAACCCAGGUCAUAAGCCUGGGUUUGAAGACAACACAGCUGAAAAUGAUGGUGCUGAAAAUGAUGGUGAUAAAAAAGAGCAGAAUGUUGAGGCAUCUCCAGAAAAAGAAAGUCAAGACAACAACACUCCAGAAACUGAUAACCCAGGUGCAGAGAAAGCAGCUGAAGAAAACACUCCUGAUGAAUGUAGAGAGAAAACUGCUGAAGAGAUAGUAAAGGAAGAGAAGGUUGAAGAAUCAAAUGAAAGUAACUCUCAAAGAAUAGAUACAGGAGACACUAAUGCAAUAGAAAAUAAAUGUGACCAAUCUUCAGAUAUAGACAAGAAUUCAUAACAGUUUGAUAAUAUCAAAAAUAUAUACAAGUAUAUAUAUUUAGCACCUUGCUACCCAAUGUAAUGUUUACGUACUAAUUUGCACCAUAUGGGAAGCAUGUACAGUAUUUAGAUCUCAACCUCUAAUUUCAUAAUUAUAAUAUUAUUAUUAUAAUUAGUGUAUGUGUGUACCGGUGUUGUACGCAAAAUUAUGGAGGAAAAAAGCUUUCUUUUAUCCAUGGCAAAAUCUAAUACCUGUUGUGAGAAGGUAACUAUUGAUUGGGAGUUUCCAAAACUUAACUUUGAAAAGCAAGGCACCACCAUAGAAGGAAUAACCCUGAAAAAUAUUGGUAACACUUAUGGAAUUUAAUUUACUACAUGAAUUUUAGCAACUGCAAUACUGUACUGCUUGAAAAAGGAAAGUAAAUUUAUCUCUGUGCAAUUAUUGAAAACUCAUGAAUGUAUAUACUCAUACAAGACACUGUCUUACAUGGCAACGGUUUACAUACAACUCAUGGUUGUGUUACUGUAGGCAGAUAUUUGACCUGAGCCACUAAGUACAGCCUUAACAUCGUCGCUGGUUUGAGCUGCUCCUCGUCCAGUGUUUUGUUGUUAAAACUUCUUCUCAGAUAAGAACUUAAAAUGGAGGUCCAGUGUAGACAUCUGGCUCGAGUACACUUUAAAGAACCCAUUGUAUAUUUCAGAAAAUGAAGGGUAUACCCCAUUGCUAUGGUUCAUUUUAGCCCAUCAUUGUAGAAUGAUGUGUGCAAGUAUCUACCAUAUAAGUGCAUCUGUACAGCCUCUGUAUUUUUUACGGGCCAUACACAAUUCAGCACAAUGACGCUGCAAGUUUAUAUGGGUUAUUCUCUUACCUUUGACUAACUUCAGCUUCACUACCUUUUUAUAAGGAACCAGGAAUAUCAACAGUUAGAAGUAUACUUCCAUACUGCAGAAAAAUGGUCUGAAUUCAUGGGUUUGCCAAUACAACUUUAGUGGUUUUUUUUAUUUGAUUUAUAUGAAAAUAAAUGUUUCAUAAUAAUUUGUAAUGAUGGUUUAUGAGAAACCACAUAAAAAAAUGUUUAACCUUUGAUGAAGGAAAAGCAUAACUAAAUGUGUUUGUAUUAAUAGUACACAGCUAUACAAAAUAAUUAAUAUAUAUUGUCUCUUGCAUAAAGUAUGUGAUGAUGCUAUGAUUAUUAUGUUUCCACAAUCAACUUACUCAAACUGGCUUCCACGAGAUCUGGUUAAAUGAACUUCCUUCUUGCAUGUAAUUUCAUUUUAAUGCGCAUGCUGAUAACCAUCGGCACAGACUUCUUUCAGACAUGCAUAUACCUGUAAUAUGAAUUUGCGCGAGACGGGUUAUUUUCCGCAAGAUUCUUGUUUGCUUGCGGGAGUGUUGGAAGCCUUCUCGACACCCGGGCGAGCCUCGCACCUUACAGGAUACCUGGAACUCCUCUUAAGGCAACAAGUCUAUGCGACAAAGUGCAGAGGUACUGUACUGUAUUUUAUGACAGUAUGCUAGUAAACAAUGCAGUAAUUUCAUCACAAUGAGGAAAUUUUAAAAAAUAUACAGCAUCUUGAAUUAACAGUAUUCCACAAGCUUAACAAUAUUGACUGUAAAAUUUAUCGAUGAACACAAUAAAACUAUAAAAACGAAUUUGUUUUUAUUGUAUUUUUAUUAAUCUCAAUACAUUUAUUCGGAAACAAAUAUAUUAUAAAUAUGUUUUGACUCAAGAUAAAAAGAAUUGUUUUCAUGGCAAUACCUUCCUGAAAUUUUGUUUUGUAAUUGUUCGUUAAAAACUUGAUGGCAGUACAAAAAUCAAAACAGUAUGUUUUGUAUUUCACUAUACAUAGUACUUGUAUAAAUAAAUGCUACAGGAGUGGAUCCAAAGGGUGGGGUAAUACCCCCCACCCCUUUCUAAAAAAGGAGACAGAUUAGCUAAAAUUUUAUUUCUAAAUUGUUCCAGGUCAAGCACUUUUAAACAAAAAUAUGAAACACCGACCAAAUACCCAUUAAAAAGUGAUCUUUAAUUGGAGAGAGAGCUGUAUUGUUGCUAUGGAGAUCAAAGGCCAUCUGAUUAGAGCCUGUGGUUUGCAUAGUGAGAUUUUCACUUUAAAAAAAAAAGUAAAACUUGCAAUUAUUUUGCAUCAUACUACCAAAAAUAAACCCUUACAUUUACACCAAAUAUACAAACUAAAAUAAAAUGAUACAUUAUUACAUAGUCCCAUAGACCUGUAAUAUAAUCCCACAUUCUUAAACAUAAAUACUAA